CUCUCAUGAUCCAGUUUAUUGACUGGGUGUUGCGUGGGAUAUCUCAGGUGAUGUUUGUCAACAAUCCCCUCAGUGGGCUUAUCGUAGUGGCUGGUUUCCUGGUGCAGAACCCGUGGUGGACACUCACAGGCUGUUUAGGAACAGUUGUCUCAACUUUAACAGCACUUAUUCUGGGUCAGGACAGAUCAGCCAUUGCAGCAGGCCUGUACGGCUAUAACGGCGUCUUGGUGGGAUUGCUCAUGGCCGUCUUCUCUGCUAAGGGAGACUACCACUGGUGGCUUCUGCUGCCGGUAGCACUGGUGUCCGUGACGUGCCCUGUUUUCACCAGCGCUUUAGGCUCAGUCUUCUGUAAGUGGGAUCUGCCUGUUUUCACCUUGCCUUUCAACUUGGCCUUGACCCUCUAUCUGGCUGCGUCAGGACCCCAUAACUACUUCUUCCCUACAACUGUCAUUCAGCCUGCAACAGCAACACCAAACAUCACAUGGACGGAUGCUGAAAUGCCAAUGCUCCUGCAAUCCAUUCCAGUCGGGGUGGGUCAGGUUUAUGGCUGCAAUAACCCCUGGACUGGAGGAAUUUUCCUAAUUGCUUUAUUUAUCUCUUCCCCGCUCAUUUGUCUGCAUGCGGCAAUUGGAUCAGCAGUGGGGAUGCUGGCAGCACUGAGCUUAGCAACACCUUUUAGCAAAAUCUACUCCGGCUUGUGGGGCUACAACAGCUCCCUCUCAUGCGUUGCGAUCGGAGGCAUGUUCUACGCUUUCACCUGGCAGACACAUUUGCUGGCAAUUGCCUGUGCGCUCUUCAGUGCCUACCUGGGAGCAACAGUGACUAACAUGAUGUCUGUGUUUGGGGUGCCGUCAGGAACCUGGUCUUUUUGCUUGUCUGCACUGACCUUCCUGUUAAUAACCACAAACCACUCUGCCAUCUACAAGCUACCGCUCUCCAAAGUCACCUAUCCAGAAGCCAACCGAGCUUAUUAUCUGAAGAUGAAGAAACAUCAGAGGUCUUGCUGUGAGGUAUAAAGACCCAAGAGGAGAGAUAUUUUGCAGAUUUAAGGCAAAAGUGCAAGAUGUUUCCCCAAAAAACGUUAUUUGUGUGCUACAAAGUCAAAAGACCAAAAAAAAAAAAAAUCGCCACCUUCUGAGCGGAGAGACUUUUUUUACCACAUUCGUUUUUUCUAUCCUGAUUAGAUAGGACUGUGCUGCGCUGGAAGGACCUUUCCCAAGACCAGUCUGUAAUGAUUUAAAAGCACGUAUGCCUGAAAAGACACUUGAAUUUUAAGCAGUGGGGAAAUGACUUAGAAAUUGGAAAAAAAAAAAUCUGUCCGUGAAAUCCAAGUCACAGCAGGCGGACGUAAAGCAAUAAAGAGCAGAGCAUCUCUCAGCAUCUGAUGCGACUCCUAAUAAAUGGCUAAAACCAGCUUACAAUGGCAACAGGAUAUGUCUUAGAGAGCUUCAUACUAGCAGAGAAGUGGAAUAAAGACUACCCUUUGCCAAGUAGAAAAUAGGUGGUGAAGAAUUCUGCCUGGAGGAUCUCUCGAGCCCGGUGGAGAGAGACGUGCACUAGCAAUCAUCACACAAGAGAUGGACACAGAUAAAUUGCAGGCAGUGUUGCUAACGUUUGCAAGACUUGUGGUAAAAAUCACACUAAUGGCAUGGAGGGGGUGUCUAUAAGCCCCAGCUUUUGGAUGUUUUAAUUUGCACUAGGCUCUAACAUUUUCAUGACAAAAAUGUUUCAGGCCUACCCAGUUGCAGAGAAAAGUCUGGAAACCCAAGGCCAAGAAA